AUUUUAAGUUCACUUCGAGUUGGCUCUCUCAGACUACUAGUCGCUUAUCAGCUGGACUCUUUUACUUACCACGACAGGCCAGCAUAUUCACCGCAUCUUAGGGCGCCCUUCUUGUUUCGCAGACACCACGAUGAUUCCGCGAAUCUCCAAGCGGUAUGCUAGUACUGCCAAACCCAAACCUUGCAAGGGUACAAAGGGUGUAUAUGGCGUAACACCAGAGCAUCACCCCAUAUCGCCAGAGGAGCAGGCACGCAUCAUAAAGCGUCGCAUCGAGAAGGCUGAAAGAGAUGAGCCUAUGGACAUAACCAUGGCAUUGACUCCAGUCAAGACGUGAGUAUCUUUGUUGUGUUGUUCCUCAGUCUGUAAGUCCAUGGAUACGGCGCCUUACCAUGCCGAUGGAGGCUCGCUUGCUGGUUUGGCUCCAUGAUGUCAUUAACGUUAUUCUUGGAACCGUUAUCGUCCGCGUAACCUUGAGUCUCCAUUUGUCCUCGCUUGCUCGUAUAUCUUCUCAUCAUGCUCAUAUUUUUGUCUCGGUCCUAAUUAUUCUGUUCUUCACUAGGUACAUGGGAGGUUUUACCCGCCCCCGUGACUCACGUGUUCUGUAUUGGUCAAAGGAUGGUCCCUACGAUGAACAGAAGAGGCCAUAUGAAACACUCUCUGCUGCAGCUUACGUCCCUCACACCGCUUGGCAACAAAUCCGAGCCUUCCACUCAUCAGCCCGUCGCCAAUAUCCCUCCGAGUCUUACAACGAAGAACACAUCGUGCCCAACUUCUACAUCAAGCACAAAAAAGAUCGCAAGCACCAGGCGGAUAAGCUGAUGAAAUCAUCUGUCACACCGUCAACCACUUCUCCAUCCGCCACGGAUACCGCUGGUCUUGACGUUGCAGCUGCUGAAGAAGCUAUUCACGAUCCGACCCGACAAACCAAAGCCGUGAAGAGACGCAAGCAUGAGGAGUCUGCACUCAUGGAACACCUCUCAGACUCUAUUCUUGGCGACGACCUUGUGGCCAGCACACGCCGCCUUGUCAGCAAGAUCCCUGUCGAGCACUACGACAAUGAUGGCUUUCUUGUGCACCCGAGUGGGUUUGUCGUUCCUGGAAAGGGUCACACCAGCACUAGUGAUGCUGCACGUGCCAAAGAGCACGCGAGAGAUGAGGAUGAGGAACGCGCUGCACAGACAGCCUCAGUAGCUGAACGCGUCCUCGAAUCCGACUUCGAUCAUGUGCAUUCUGCCAUGGCGAGUACGCGCCCGCGUUCUCAUAAGGUUCCCUUCGAAAUUAGGGAGCCUGACGGGACGGUGAAACACCCGAGCGGCUUCGUUCCUCCAACUCCCGCCGACGAGUUCAAGUAUUCUGACAGUGCCAGUCUUGAGCGGGGCCUUGCGGGUGCUAUUAGCAGACAACGCGCCCGUGAUGUGGACAACAAGAACUCCACAAUCAUAAAGGGCCGUCGCCUGCACACCACAGCCGCUGUGCGUGCAAGCGAGGUGGCGAUUCCAACCCAUCUCAUGCAGCCUGUGCCUGCUCCUGAGAUUGACUAAACGAGGGGAGCUGGAGAAGCGGAAGGUGGAGAGGAGGCUCGAGAUUGUUACGAGAUUGUCGGCGAAGGUCGUGCUGGGAACGGAAUGGGUUGUGUUGCUCUACAGACGGUUGGUCAUAGAGAUUGUAUUUGUAUCAUACCCAUCAUCACGCUUGUGUUCUUACAGUACCAUUCAAAUCUUGUUUACAUUCGCAUUCAUUGUAAAUGAUAUUCGCUGCCAGUGGACGAUGAUAUUCUAAAGUGUGGUCGCUAUUUUAGUUAUUUGUCCUGAACUGAUAUCAGUGAGUCAAACUACUGGAUACUGGGUCAGUACUUCAAAUUUCAGUAUUUCACCCUUUUGGUGUAACGGUUAUGCACGCGCGGCGGUCUGAUCAAGUCACAGUAUAUCAAAUCCAAGAUGUUGAUCAGCUCUAGAGAUAAGUAGGUAUUGUGGUUUCAACGCUGGCUCACAUGGAGACUUGAUAGUAUAUAUAUUG